GUGGCGCUUGUCAAGCUAAGAAGCUAGGUCGUUAGCAAUCAGUUGAGUGCAAGUCAGAGUUACAUACAGCAAUAUUUAGCAACACGAAUGUGCUCGCCAUUUUUUUCUGACUGCAUAUCUGAAAGGGCGGAGUGGAGAUGGCUUCUGGUUUGUGGUAUUGCAGAUUUGUAGUCGCUCUCACCUGAUAAAGACUUGUGCUAACGUUAGCUUGUUAGCAAUCCUGGUUGUUUACUACACCGCUGUGGCUCUGCAGGACAUCCCAAAGUACAUUCAGCCGAAUUAAGGAGAAGCACACGUUUACAAGAUGUUCCUGGUGGGACUGACGGGAGGUAUUUCCUCAGGGAAAAGCGCAGUGUCUACGAUGCUGCGGGAGCUCGGGUGUCCCAUUAUUGAUGCUGAUGUUGUAGCAAGGAAAGUUGUGGAGCAGCACACUACGGCCUAUUCCCGCAUCGUUUACCACUUUGGACCGGAGAUCCUCCUCGAGAAUGGCGAGAUCGACCGGCAGAAGCUCGGUCAGCUCAUCUUCGCCGACGAGGAGAAGAGGAAGCUGCUGAACUCCAUCACCCACCCGGAGAUCCAUAAAGCAAUGCUCAAAGAGAUCCUGUUGUACUUUCUCAGAGGAUAUCGCUACGUCGUGCUGGAUGUGCCCCUUCUGUUCGAAACAAGACGUCUCACUAAGUUUCUCAACCACACUGUAGUAGUCUACUGUGACCCUGCCACUCAGCUGCUGCGCCUGAUGCAGAGGGACGGCCUGACACAGGAGCAUGCAGAGCAGCGCGUUGCCGCACAGAUGCCGCUCAAUGAAAAGCGCGGCCUGGCCAAUCACGUUGUGGAGAACUCCGGCAGCCGAGAGGACACCCACAGGCAGGUCCUGCGACUGCACACACGGCUGGAGGACUCCAUGGACUUCCUCUUAGUGAGGGUCAUCGCUAUUGCUGCCACUACCAGUCUGGGUGGGAUUCUGCUGUAUGCAACCAAGAUACUUAUGUCCUAACAGAGGACAUACACGGGGAACAAUAAGUGGGGGAGUGAGUAGAGACAGGCGAAGGCACACUGGGGGGUCCCGAUUCAAUUUACUGUGAGAUUAGUUUCCCAGCACCCACCACUACAGUUCAGUGGUGUGACAUGCUCUGUUUGCUCCUAACACCGACUUACAUUAUUGACACAACAUGCACUGACAAAUGUGGUUUAGUGGGAAGGGUUUGAAUGUGCAAUUUCUUUCGGUUUCACUCAGAAACAUUACAAACAUGAAUGUGAUACCUUAGAGUUGCUGCCCAAUGCAGUAACGUUUAUUUUAAGUUUUAAGGGCCUCAACAGUGAUCCCAGUUUGGGGCAAAAAACUAGCUAGACUUUUUUUUUUUUUUGGUGCCGUAUAUAUAUCCAAAUAACACAUUUUGGUUGAUAGUAUACAUUAUGAAUAAAACAAAAUGAAGAGCAGAAAAAAGUAAACAGCAGCACAUUCUUAAAACCGUUUAUUUGCAGUUUGAGACCUCGAUUUUUAGCACAAAUACCAGCCCUGUCCUCAAUGAUAAAUGUGCAAAAUUAUUGUUUGGACUACAAUACCCAACAUGAAUGAGCUGAUAUUUACAUAAUAUGUAAUAUGAUUGUAUGUUGAUGAUAUGUAUAAUUAAGAUGUGACGGGAUGUAUUUGACAAUCCAUUGGUAAUGGGAACAGAAUCAACAGACUUUAUAAAUAUAUACUGUAACACUGUAUUUUCUUACACUUGAAGCGGCUCUUUGUAAAUACUAAGUCUGUGAUUUUAUUUUCUGUGUGCACUCACUUUUCACUAUACACAACAUUUGUAGCAGCUGUUUGAAUGAAUUAUAAAAGUGCUACUGUUUUAAAAAAUAA